AUGGACGACACGAACCGCGUCGGUGACGAUACCGACCUGGCGCUGUUGGACGAAUUCUUGCGGGACGAUGGGAGCCUGUGCGAAGAGAACUUCUUGCCGCAUGCACAGCCGCCGCCUCCACCAAGCGACGCCGUGAUCGCAGCGUCGGUCGACAGGUUGUGGGCCGACUCGGAUGAAAUGGCGCCACCACCGCCAGCGACAUGCAACGAUCGUGUCUCAACACCCAAACGCGGGAAACGGAAUCGAGUGUAUAUGAAGGACGAACUCGAGUACCUCCGCGCCAAGCACGACGAACUGGUGGCCCAGGUUGCCGCGAUCAAGCAAGCCGCCGUUCCGCGCCAGUCGGUUUGGGCGCGACGGGCGAAAGAUCAAGCAGAGGAAGCGCAGCGCGUGCUGCAAGAGAACGCCCGGUUGAAAGAAGCGUUGGACGAACAGCUCAAGAUGGUCGACGCGCUCCAUCGCAUUUUUAGCAAGAAACCCCGCCUCGCCGUAUUCCCGUCGUCAUCGGGGGACUUUGCAGAAUGGAAGGCGGCCACGUUGGGUUCGACCGGCCGCCGCCGCGCUCUACACCGGUUGCUUGAUCAUCAGUUUGCAGCGAUGGAAUCGCAGUGGAUCCGCAACGACGUGUACGCGGCGACGGCGCUGGCAUCGCCGGGUUCGCCCGUGAAAAAGGGUUACGUCCGAAGCGGCACGUUCCUCGUCGUACAUUUUGUGCAGUGCUCGACGUGGGACGCGCCAUUCACGCGGGUCGGAGACGUUCUCUGGGACAUGGUCUCCGUCAAAGUCAAAAUCGAGUUUGCCAACCAGUACGUGUCCGAGGUGGGUCCGCGCGAUGCGUGCAUGCGUGAUAUCGAUGUGUCUGUGCAGAGAGUUGAGGCAUUUGACGACGACACAAUGUACUCGAGGUUCUCGGCCACGUUGCCGCAGCCAUACCUGCCCGCCGUGGACGGCCGCCUUGCCUCGAAACGAUUUCGCGAGCCCAACCGCGUCGUGAUAGUGUAUCGAUCGAUCGUCGAAGACGUGCUGCUACCGCACGACCCGCGGCAUCUCCAGGACAACCAGAGUGGAUGGGUGCUUAUCGAACCGUGGGGAGACAACCGCACGAAGCUAUCGAUCUUGACGUGCCAGACGCCGCCACUUGCGCCGUCGCUGUCGAUUGAAGCCGGCGCCAUGUCGGAAUACAUGCUCGGGAUGUUUGCACAAAACACCAUCAUGUUUGACAAUGCGAUUGCUGCAGCGCUCGCCCGCCGCCCGCCACUGGCUGCGACGUCGUAAACACAGCUCUCGGUAGCAUGCGCCGUGUGUGCCGUGGCAAGUUGAUGCAUUGUCAGGACUCUGUAACUGAAUGCACGUACUCGUCGUUACACGUUCA